UAUUCAUUCAUCUGUUCCUUCUGCUGUAAUACGCAAAGGUCUUUGGGUUGGCCCUUCUCUCUCCUCAAAUCUUUCGUUCAUCUCUCUCUCUUCAUCCAAAGCUUUCAUCUUCAUAUCAAUGCCACAUCCCACCAUUAAAAAUUUCAAAGCUUAAAAUCUUUCCAUUUUUUCAGUUUCAAAUCUCUAUCUCGUAUUCGGAUCCGCACAGCAUUUCCGGGUUUUUGUUUUCAGUCCGAGUUCUUCGUGCUGCAUUUUUUUUAUUCAUGGAUCCGAAAAGGAAGAAAUCCGGGUUGCACGACCCGGAAGACGAAUACAGGGUCCGGUCGGUAUUUCCCGACGAGGUUCUGGAGCGGGUUCUGGGCAUGGUGGAGUCGGGAAAGGACCGGGGCUCGGUGUCGCUGGUGUGCAAGGACUGGUACGACGCGGAGCGGUGGUCGCGCCGCCACGUGUUUAUCGGAAACUGUUACGCCACAUCGCCGGAGAUUGUUUCCCGGCGGUUUCGUAACAUUCGGAGCGUGACCCUGAAGGGGAAGCCCCGGUUCGCGGACUUCAAUCUGGUCCCCGACCAUUGGGGCUCCGAUGUCCGGCCGUGGGUGGAGGCGUUCGCCGCCGAGUACCCGCUGCUGGAGGAGCUCCGGCUGAAGAGGAUGACGGUGACUGAUGAGAGUCUGGAGAUGUUGGGUGUUUGUUUUGGUGGGUUCAAAGCUCUCUCGCUUGUCAGCUGUGAUGGGUUCAGCACUGAUGGCCUUGCCGCCAUCGCCACUCACUCCAAGAAUUUGAUUGAACUUGACAUCCAGGAGAAUCAAAUUGAUGAGAAAAGUGGCAGUUGGUUAGGUUGUUUCCCUGAAACAUUCACGUCUUUGGAAAUACUGAACUUUGCAAGCCUGAAUUCCGACGUCGAUUUUGAUGCUCUUGAGAGGCUUGUAAAAAGGUGCAUAUCAUUAAAGGUGUUGAAGGUUAAUAAAAAUGUAACCUUGGAGCAACUGCAGAGGCUUCUUACCAAUGCUCCUCAACUUUUGGAGCUCGGGACCGGCUCAUUUGCCGUGCAAGAGAUCGCAGCCUGUCAGAAUUCACAAUUCUUAAGAGCAUUUAGCAAUUGCAAGAAUUUACACACCCUCUCUGGAUUAUGGGAAGCAACCACUCUUUAUCUCCCAGUUGUAUAUCCUGCAUGUACUACAAAUCUUACUUUCUUGAAUUUGAGUUAUGCUGCUGCUUUGCAAAGUUGGGACCUUGCUGAGCUUGUUGCUUAUUGCCCACGUCUCCGGCGCCUUUGGGUACUGGACACAGUGGAAGACCAAGGGUUGAAGGCUGUUGGAUCUAACUGUCCUUUGCUUGAGGAACUCCGUGUUUUCCCUUCUGAUCCUGAUGGUGAUGGUAUUAUCCGUGGGGUGACUGAAUCAGGGUUUGUUGCUGUGUCUCAUGGGUGCAGAAAACUCCAUUAUAUCCUCUACUUCUGUUGGCAGAUGACUAAUGCAGCUGUAGCAACCGUUGCACAAAAUUGCCCCGAUAUCACCCACUUUCGUCUCUGCAUAAUGAUCCCAGGGCAACCAGAUUACAUGACGAACGAGCCUAUGGAUGAGGCUUUUGGUGCAGUUGCGAAGAAUUGCACUAAACUCCAACGGCUUUCAGUGUCAGGUUUAUUGACUGACCAUGCCUUCGAAUACAUUGGGAAGUACGCUAAGAAUUUGGAAAAGCUUUCAGUAGCCUUCGCUGGAAAAAGUGAUUUGGGGAUGCAGUGUGUGCUGAAAGGUUGUCCAAAGCUCAAGAAACUUGAGAUAAGGGACUGCCCGUUUGGGAAUGCAGCUUUUCUCUCAGAUAUAGAGAAGUAUGAAUCCAUGAGAUCACUUUGGAUGUCAGCCUGCAAUGUGACUAUAAACGCCUGCCGGUUAUUGGCAAGUCAGAUGCCGAGAUUGAACGUUGAGGUAAUGAAGGAUGAAGGGGAUGAUGACUGUGUGGCUGAUAAAGUUUAUGUUUACCGUUCUGUUGCUGGGCCAAGAAGGGAUGCCCCGCCUUUUGUUCUCACUUUCUGAAGAUUCAAACCUAUUCUGCUAAUGCUUUGAAGCUUACAGAGAACAUGGUUGCAUGGUCUUCAACUAUCCUGCUCCCAGCUGAAACUAUUUCGUGAAGCCCUGCCUCUGACCUAAGAAAAAUAUUAUUCAUACAGCCUCAAGCUGCAGAGGACAUUUGAUAAAGAUAUUGGAUAUGAAAUUUUCACUUUCAUUCAGCUUAAUGAAAUGGAAGGUCGACAGAACGAAGGGCCAGAAAUUACAGAACUUGGAAUUCGUUUAUUUAUUUUCUUGAUGUACAUAUUUGAGGAGAGCAAAAAGGAAGUCAAGGUUUAUGAAGCAGAGCUUAUGCCUUCACAACCUCCAGUGGCGGGAUCUUAUCUGCUUCCACAGCGAGAUUAGCCGUUCCCCUGAAAAGCAAGAAUGCAAGGCUACCGAUGAAGAAAUAGAUGAAGCAGCCUUGGCUGUGUGUCACAAACGAACCAAAAUCUGUUCCUACGAUGCAUUGCCACCCCAGCCCGUAUGUCUCGUCGAAUUCCUGCAUUGAAACAAGCAAAGAAGGUAGAAACAAACACUUGAAUUCAAAUCAUUUAGCGAGGAUUCAAUGCUGAGGAUAAUCCAGGAAAAGGAGAGGUGACCUUCUUUAUGAAUUGAGCAAUUUCAGUGGGUUCGGUGACAUCGAAGUUAUCGAGAGCCUUUGCAGCUAAAUGGAGAGCGUCUUGCUGCAUUGCUUGAAGCAUAUCAGUCUCAUUGACGACGGCUUUGCCUUCCAACAUGGCUCCAGAAAAUCCCGCCUGGAGUUGCCGCUGCUGUUGGGAAAUAGCGAAAAAGGUAGCAGAUAAAGCAGUUUAGAUUGCAGGCAUAGGCUGUAGUGAAGCGAAUUAUAUCGAACGGGAACUUCACAUCUCUAUGUGGUAGUCUCCAUGCUGUGUGUGAUUAUCAAAGAAUAAUGCAAAGGAUUAGAGCAAGGUGGUCAGAAAACAGACAAGAUGUUGUGUCAUGGAUGAUGGGGUCAUGGAAGAUGCAUUGCUUGUGUACAGGAUCUCGCAUCUUGUUCGAUCAAUGGCUGCGAUAGCGAGGGGCAGUUUUCAAUUGGGGGUCCACAUUAUCUCGAAGAAGCAGGACGUUUGUGGUUGUACAAAAGAUGCUUCCUUUGAAUUUCAGGAUGGUGUUGUGAGGUUCAUAGUCAGUUGUGUUUUUUUUUUUUACCUUUUUCGUUGAUCCAAGAAUUUGUAGCUUGUCAUUGAUCAAUGUUGAUGAGAAAAAUACUGCAAAUUAAAUCAAUAAAAUAAGAAAUAUUGCUUC